CUUCUUUUUUCUUUGUCUAGAAAUGUCGUCAGGAAUGUAAGAAGUCUUGCCCCGUCGUCCGUACGGGCAAGCUCUGUAUCGAGGUCACCCCCGAGUCCAAGAUCGCCUUCAUCUCCGAGCGCCUCUGUAUCGGUUGUGGUAUCUGUCCCAAGAAAUGUCCCUUCGGUGCCAUUCACAUCAUCAACCUGCCCACCAACUUGGAGACUCAGGUCACCCACCGUUACUCUGCGAACAGCUUCAAGCUUCACCGUCUUCCCAUGCCCCGUCCCGGUCAGGUCCUCGGUCUCGUCGGUACCAACGGUAUUGGAAAAAGUACGGCUUUGAAGAUUCUCAGCGGCAAACUGAAGCCCAACCUUGGCCGUUACGACAACCCUCCCGACUGGGAAGAGAUUCUCAAGUACUUCCGUGGUUCCGAGCUUCAGAACUACUUCACCAAGGUCCUGGAAGACAACCUGAAGGCUGUUGUUAAGCCUCAGUACGUUGAUCAGAUUCCUAAGGCCGUCAAGGGACCCGUCAAGAACGUCGGUGCGCUCAUCAAGGCCCGUACUCAGCUGAAUAACUUGGACCACAUUCUGGACGUCCUGGGUAAGAUAAUUGUUAAUCAUGUCGACGAUAUCUUCUGCUGACAGUGCAUAGAACUGAGACAGGUUCAGGACCGUGACAUUGACCAUUUGUCCGGUGG